UCUGAGCUGAGACCUCCUCUUCAGCUGUCCCAUCUCCUGGAGAUCCCAAGUCUCUGCAGCAGCCUCUGUCACCCUGUGACCUGCAGGUACUGGGAGAUCUGUAGGGAGGACACCGGGACAUCCCCGGAGCUGGGAAAUGGGAGUGUUGACAUUCAAGGACGUGUCUAUUGAAUUCUCUAUGGAUGAGUGGGCCUACCUGGACCCUGCUCAGCAGCAUUUAUAUUGGGAAGUCAUGUUAGAGACCUACAGAAACCUGGUCUUCCUGGGUCUUGCUGUCUCUAAGCCAGAACUCAUCACCUGUUUGGAGCAAAGCAAAGAACCCUGGAAGGUGAAGACACAGCCAAAACUAGUCAAGCACCCAGCUCUAUCUAAUCAUUCUACCCAAGACCAUUUGCAAGAGCUGGGCACAAAUAUAUUAUUUCCGGAGAUGAUGCUGAGCAGAAAUCAAAGUUGUGGCCCUGAGUAUUUAAACUUUGCAAAAGACUGGGAAGGUGUGUAUGAAUGUGAGCAGCAGAAAGUAUGUCACAGUGGACUUGACAAAUGUGUAACAGCUACCCACGGCAACCUCUUCCAAUGUAGUAAAUGUUUGAAUGUCUUUGGACAGUUGUCAAAUCUAAAUAGACAUAAGAUGAUAUGUACCUUAGAGAAAACUUUUAAAUGUAAAAAGUAUGGGAAAUCCUCUAAGCUCUGCUCACACAUCACAGAACAUAAGGUAACAAAUACUGGAGAAAAACAAUACAAAUGUGAAGAAGGUAGCCAAGUCUUCCAAUCUCACUCAAGACCCUAUACUGGAGAGAAAUUCAACAAGUAUGAAAAUAAUGGCAAAUGUCUUAGCCAUAGAUCAAAGUACUUUAACCAUAAGAUUUUGAAUACUGGAGAAAAACACUACAUAUAUAAGGAAUGUGAGAACCUUACCAAGAAGUACUCACACAUUUAUGGACAUAAAAGAAUUCAUUGUGGAGAGAAAUGCUACAAAUGUCAAGACUGUGGCAAAGCCUUUAAACAUUACUCAAGCCUUUCUGUACAUAAAGUACUUCAUUCUGGAGGGAAAUCAUACAAAUGUGAAGAAUGUGGCAAAGCCUUUAUCAGGCACUCACUUCUCUCUAGACAUCAAAGAAUUCAUUCUGGAGAGAAACCUUACAAAUACCAAGAGUGCGGCAAAGCCUUUAACCAGUACACAAGUCUUUCUGUACAUCAAAAAAUACACUGUGGAGAUAAACCCUACAAAUGUCAAGAGUGUGGCAAAACCUUUAACUGGUACUCAUACCUUUCUGUACAUCAAAGAAUUCACUCUGGGGAGAAACCCUACAAAUGUCAAGAGUGUGGCAAAGCCUUUAAUAACAGUUCAUCUCUUACUAAACAUAAAAGAAUUCACUCUGGAGAGAAGCCCUACAAAUGUCAAGAGUGUGGCAAAACCUUUAACUGGUACUCAUACCUUUCUGUACAUCAAAGAAUUCACUCUGGGGAGAAACCCUACAAAUGUCAAGAGUGUGGCAAAGCCUUUAAUAACAGUUCAUCUCUUACUAAACAUAAAAGAAUUCACUCUGGAGAGAAGCCCUACAAAUGUCAAGAGUGUGACAAAGCCUUUAAUGACAGCUCAUCUCUUACUAAACAUAAAAGAAUUCACUCUGGAGAGAAGCCCUACAAAUGUCAAGAAUGUGAAAAAGCCUUUAACCAGCACUCAAGCCUUUCUCUACAUCUAAGAAUUCACUCUGGAGAGAAACCCUACAAAUGUCAAGAAUGUGCCAAAGCCUUUAACCAUUACUCAAGCCUUUCUGUACAUCAAAGAAUUCACUUUGGGGAGAAACCCUACAAAUGUCAAGAGUGUGGCAAAGCCUUUAAUAACAGUUCAUCUCUUACUAGACAUAAAAGAAUUCACUCUGGAGAGAAGCCCUACAAAUGUCAAGAGUGUGACAAAGCCUUUAAUGACAGAUCAUCUCUUACUAAACAUAAAAGAAUUCACUCUGGAGAGAAGCCCUACAAAUGUCAAGAAUGUGAAAAAGCCUUUAACCAGCACUCAAGCCUUUCUCUACAUCUAAGAAUUCACUCUGGAGAGAAACCCUACAAAUGUCAAGAGUGUGACAAAGCCUUUAAUGACAGCUCAUCUCUUACUAAACAUAAAAGAAUUCACUCUGGAGAGAAGCCCUACAAAUGUCAAGAAUGUGAAAAAGCCUUUAACCAGCACUCAAGCCUUUCUCUACAUCUAAGAAUUCACUCUGGAGAGAAACCCUACAAAUGUCAAGAAUGUGCCAAAGCCUUUAACCAUUACUCAAGCCUUUCUGUACAUCAAAGAAUUCACUCUGGGGAGAAACCCUACAAAUGUCAAGAGUGUGGCAAAGCCUUUAACUGGCACACAAAUUUUUCUGUACAUCAAAGAAUACACUGUGAAGAGAAACCCUACAAAUGUCAAGAAUGUGGCAAAACCUUUAACUGGUACUCAUGCCUUUCUGUACAUCAAAGAAUUCACUCUGGGGAGAAGCCCUUCAAAUGUCAAGAGUGUGGCAAAGCCUUUAAUGACAGUUCAUCUCUUACUAGACAUAAAAGAAUUCACUCUGGAGAGAAGCCCUACAAAUGUCAAGAAUGUGGAAAAGCCUUUAACCAGCACUCAAGCCUUUCUCUACAUCAAAGAAUUCAUUCUGGAGAGAAACCCUACAAAUGUCAAGAAUGUGGAAAAGCCUUUAACCAGCACUCAAGCCUUUCUCUACAUCAAAGAAUUCAUUCUGGAGAGAAACCCUACAAAUGUCAAGAAUGUGCCAAAGCCUUUAACUGGUACUCAAGCCUUUCUGUACAUCAAAGAAUUCAUUCUGGAGAGAAACCCUACAAAUGUCAAGAAUGUGGCAAAGCCUUUAAGCGGCACACAAACCUUUCUGUACAUCAAAGAAUACACUGUGGAGAGAAACCCUACAAAUGUCAGGAAUGUGGCAAAACCUUUAACUGGUACUCAUGCCUUUCUGUACAUCAAAGAAUUCACUCUGGGGAGAAGCCCUUCAAAUGUCAAGAGUGUGGCAAAGCCUUUAAUGACAGUUCAUCUCUUACUAAACAUAAAAGAAUUCACUCUGGAGAGAAGCCCUACAAAUGUCAAGAAUGUGGAAAAGCCUUUAACCAGCACUCACAACUUUCUCUACAUCAAAGAAUUCAUUCUGGAGAGAAACCCUACAAAUGUCAAGAAUGUGGCAAAGCCUUUACCCAGCACUCGGGCCUUUCUGAACAUCAAAGAAUUCAUUCUGGAGAGAAAUCCUACAAAUGUCAAGAAUGUGGCAAAGCCUUUAACCGGCACACAAACCUUUCUGAACAUGAAAGAAUUCACUCUGGAGAGAAACCUUACAAAUGCCAAGAAUGUGGCAAAGCCUUUACCCAGCACUCGGGCCUUUCUAUACAUCAAAGAAUUCACUCUGGAGAGAAACCCUAUAAAUGUCAAGAAUGUGGCAAAGCUUUUAAUACUACUUCAUCUCUUACUAGACAUAAAAGAAUUCACUCUAGAGCAGUGGUUAUCAACCUUCCUAAUGCCAUGGUCCUUUAAUACCAUCCCAGUGGGUCUCAACCCACAGUUUGAGAACCUCUGCUCUAGAGAGAAACCCUAUGAAUGUGAAGAAUGUGGUAAAGCUUUUAACCAGCACUCACACCUUUCUGAACAUCAAAGAAUUCACUCUGGAGAGAAACCCUACAAAUGUCAAGAAAGUGGAAAAGCCUUUAAAUACUACUCAAGCCUUAAAGAACAUAAAAGAAUUUGCUGUGGUGAACAACCCUACAAAUGUCAAGAAUGUGGCAAAGCCUUUAACCAUUACUCAAUCCAUUCUAUACAUCAUGGAAUUCACUCUGCAGAAAAACCCUACAAAUGUGAAAAAUGUGGCAAAAUGUGGCAAAAUUCAUUUAUGAAUUUAUUUAUUUAUUUUUAUUUUUGCAUUUUUUCACCACGGCUGGUUUUGAACCGACCAACUCCAGCAUAUGGGGCCGCCACUCCUUUGACCCACCAGUGGCAAAACUGUUAACCAGUACUCAAGCCUUACUGUACAUAAAAUAAUUCACUCUGAGAGACACCCUACAAAUGUCAAGAAUGUGGCAAAGCCUUUAACUAGUACUCACACCUUUCUGGACAUCAAAGAAUUUAAUCUGGACAUAAACCUUACAAAUUUUAAAAAAUUGUUAAAGCCUUUUAAUGUAGGUCAACUAGUAGUACACAUGAAAGAAUUUGUUGUGGAGAGAAACUCUACAAAGGUCAAAAAUGUGGCAAAGUGUUUAAUUCAUUUGUGAACCUUUCUAGACAUUUAUGAAUUUAUUCUGGAGAGAAACCUUAUAAAUAUGGACAGUGGGAAAACUCUUACUCAAAUUCAAUCCUCAACUGUACAUAGAAGAAGUCACACAGGAGAGAAACUCUCCAUAUGGAGACUGUGGCGGUGCCUUUACCUGGUGUUCAUAGCAUGCUAAGCAUAAGGGAUUCAAACUGGUGAGAAAUCCUACACAUGUGAACAAUGUGGCAAUGACUUUAACCAUACCUCAAACCUUACUACACCUAGGAACGUUCAUAUUGGAGAGAAAUCUUACAAAUGUGAAAAAUGUGGCAAAUGUUUUCAGUGGUCCUCAUUCUUAUUAAACAUAAGAGAAAUCAAUCAAGCAGAGAAAAAUGGUGACAAUGUGAAGAUGUGGCAAAGCCUCAUUCCAUUGGGCAUGGUUUUCUAUACACAACAGAAUUCACAUUGAAGAAAAACUCUACAAAUGUGAAGAGAUUGACAGCUGUUUAAUCCUUAAACCACUGUAUAAAUAAAAAAAUUAUAACACAGAAAUUCCCUACAAAUGAGAAGUGUCAAAUCCUAUAACCAGUACUCAUUUCAGUACAUAACAAUAUUCAUAGAGAAAUACUACAUAUGUUAAGACUGUGACAAUAUCAGGGGGCACCUGUGGCUCAGUGAGUAGGGCACUGGCCCCAUAUACAGAGGGUGGUGGGUUGAAACCCGGCCCCGACCAAACUACAAACAAAAAACUGCCGGGCAUUGUCGCAGGCUCUUUAGUCCCAGCUACUAGGGAGGCUGAGGCAAGAGAAUCACCUAAGGCCAGGAGUUGAAGGUUGCUGUGAGCUGUGAUGCCAUGGCACUCUUCCAAGGGCAAUAAAAUGAGACUAUGUCUGUAGAAAAAGAAAAGAGUGUGACAGUAUCUUUAAAUAUAUUUCACACUUUUCCAAUCCUAAUUCAAAUGGAAGAAAUCCUCCACAAAUGUCAGUCCUGUCCCAGAGCCUUAAAGUUGUGUUUAUCCUGUUAGGUAGGGCUUAGGAGCGACAGGGACAUAUGAUACUGAGAGAUCCUUUGUCCAUAAAUUACGUGAACAAAUUGACCAGCAGGGACUUUCAAGAAACAAAAGCUGACAUUUCAAGAAGGCUUCCCCAAACUGAACUGAUGUUUGUUCUACAAAAAUGAGUCUCAGAGGUAUAUGAGCCACAAGCCCAAGGCCACAAAAAGGGGUGUUUGUUGCGGGCAUACAAGUAAGGUGACAGUAGGAUCAAGUGACCUUUUUUCAUUAACAUAGUACAAUUUACACCAGUUCUAUCAUACUCUACAAUUAGAAUGACAAAUUGUGUCCAUUAAUUACAGGGAUAGAAAUAGGAGGACUCUCCAUUCUGAAGGUUUCCCCAUUUCCAAGAAAUACUAUGAAUAUUUUACCCCCACACCACUAACCUAGAAUUGGAAAAUCCAUGUAAGGGGAAACUUCUUGCUAAUCCCAGGAUCUUCUCCACUUGAAAAUGUAGAUGUGUUCCUUCUCUGGAGUGUACAGUCCUUUAUAAAAUUUGCCCUUUUGCACACUUGGAUCUGCUUAUUCUGCUCAUUUGUUUCACUGCCUUGGUUGUAAUAACCGUUCUUUGGCAACUGAAAACAAAAAAAAUGGAACACAUACCCCCCAUCUGGUCCCCUAAUAUCUGACAUUUUGGUGUUACUAUCUGGGAGGAAAAUAUACAUCUUCAGUAAGACAAGCUAAUGGAACAAUAGACAUUCUGAAUUCACUCUACCUGUUGGAUAUUACUUAUUACUCCUCCAUCUCUCUGGCUGUCUUCAUUUCCAGGUAAUGUAGCUCCUUACCUGCCCCUGCUUCAUCUGCUUUUUUCUUCCACAGCUUGACAAUGCACUUCAUCUCCCAGUUAGGGCUGAUAUUCAAACACUUCAAAAGGGGUCUCAGGCCCCACACACAGAAUGUUAGACCGGAUUUUAAGGUAUUGAUAACCAGAAUGGGGACAGUGAGAGAAAGCCAGGACAUGAGCAGAUCUUUUGGGGUUUUUUUGUUUUUGUUUUGAGACAGAAUCUUAAGCUGUCACCCUGGGUAGAGGGGUGCUGACAUCACAGCUCACAGCAACCUGGAACUCUUGGGCUUAAGCAAUUCUCUUGCCUCAGUCUCCCAACUAGCUGGAACUACUGGUGUCCCCCACAAUGCCCGGAUAUUUUUUUUGUUUGUUUAUUUAUUUUUGGUUGUAGUUGUCCUUGUUGUUUGGCAGGCCCAGUCUGGAUUCAAACCCUCCAGCUCUGUUGUAUGCCACUUGAGCUACAUGCACUGAGCCCCAUUAGCAGAUCUUUAGAGCGGAAGGAAGCUUUUGAAAUGGUAACUAUCACUAGGGAAGAAGGUUUUGGGGCACUGAAUUCCCAUAGAGGCUCAGGCAAGAAGACACCAGGCCUGAGCCCUUCCCAGUAUGUCUUGGUUCCUGGAGUAAGAAAUGGCUCAGGAAGAAGCCUAUGCUUGGGCUAUGCCCUCUCUAUUAGAGAGGUGCAGUGGAAGUGACAUUGCCCUCUCCUGGAGAGAGGCAAUCACAUUCACCCUCCCAGUGGUUCUCAACCUCUGAGUCACGCCCCUUUGUAACAAUGAAAAUACAUCACGGCAUUAGGAAGGUUGAGAACCACUCACACCCUGUGAAAUCCCUAAACCAGCACUGACCGUCCGAAACUCUCAGUCUGAUGGACAAACUGCAACUUCAGAACAAGCUCAUCUGGGAAGGCUGAGUGUUGGCAAGCUGUCUCUCUCUGUCAUAGUAAACAAAUUUUUAUGCAUAACAUUAGAGCCUCUCCUCUGCUCUCCCUGGACAUUCAGGGCUUCUGUUUCCCUCUCCUAUAUCUCUCUUCAAAAUGGAAAGUAAAAUACAAACCCUUGUGAUCUCUGAAGUCCCUCUGCUCACUGGUUGAUGAUGUCUUUGUUUAACCCUUUUGAUGCUUUUCAACUGCCCUAACCCAUUGUUUGGAUGAAGGCUCCUCUUCAGGCUAGAGACCUAAAUCCUUUAAAUCCACAGGCCUCCUUUCUCACAUCUUUAUGAAGAAAAGACUUAACUAGGAUGCAAUUUUAUUUCAAAGUAGAAAAAAAAAGAAGCAAGAAAGAUCCAAAAUGUAGAAGUGAAAUGUGAAGAAAGUCACGGCUAUGAAAAACAAUGGGUCAUAAGGAACUUUAAAGGGUAAGGGAAUAAUUUUGGUUAGGACAAAAACUGAUAUAGCAAUGUUUGUCCUAAAAUAAGUCAUGGUUUAAUAGGAAAAAUUUGGAAUAAAUACAGGACUUCAGCAUGUCAAAAGUAAUCUAUGUAAGGCAUGAUAUUUGCAAAAGUGGAUUUAUCAACAUUUUGUAUGUCAACAAGUUGGUCUAAUUGAAAGGGAAACUCUCACAUUAUAACAAAGAUAUUUGUACCAGAAUGUUUAUUGCAGCCCAAUUCAUAAUUGCUAAGUCAUGGAAAAAGCCCAAGUGCCCAUCGAUCCAUGAAUGGAUUAAUAAAUUGUGGUAUAUGUACACCAUGGAAUAUUAUGCAGCCUUAAAGACGGAGAAAGAUGUUUACAUGGAUGGAGGUGGAACAUAUUCUUCUUAGUAAAAUAUCUUUUUUUUGUGUGUGUGUGUAGAGACAGAGUCUCACUGUACCGCCCUUGGGUAGAGUGCCGUGGCGUCACACGGCUCACAGCAACCUCUAACUCUUGGGCUUACGCGAUUCUCUUGCCUCAGCCUCCCGAGCAGCUGGGACUACAGGCGCCCGCCACAACGCCCGGCCAUUUUUUGGUUGCAGUUUGGCCGGGGCUGGGUUUGAACCCGCCACCCUCGGCAUAUGGGGCUGGUGCCCUACUCACUGAGCCACAGGUGCUGCCCCUUAGUAAAAUAUCUUAAGAAUGGAAGAAAAAAGUACCCAAUGUACUCAGCCCUACUAUGAAACUAAUUUAUGGCUUUCAUAUAAAAGCUAUAACCCAGUUAUAACCUAAGAAUAUGGGAAAGGGAGAGAGGGAGGGGAGGGAGGGAGAAAGAUGGGCAGAGGGAGGGUGAUUGGUGGGAUUACACCUACGCGGUGCAUCUUACAAGUGUACAUGUAAAACUUAGUAAAUGUAGAAUAUGAAUAUAAAUGUUUUAACACCCACACAAAAAAGCUGAUGAAUGGGGUGGUGUCUGUGGCUCAAAGAAGUAGGGCACCAGCCCCAUAUACCGUAGCUGGUGGGUUCAAACCUGGCCCCAGCCAAAAACAAAAGAAAAAAAAAGCAGAUGAACAUAAGGAGUAGAGGUCAUGGGGAACUACUGUAGAGGAAGUUGAUCACAAGCUAACAUUGAUGAAAACAGAGCUGAGAGCCAAGACAUGAUCAAGUCCCACUGACUUCAUUUCAGUCUUUCAAUCUAGCCAGUAAGUUUUAUUCCGAAAUGUGCUGAAGUAGCUGACAAAACAUUAGAAGGAGCUGUUCAUCCCCUUUUGCCAAGGAAUUUCCUGGUUUUAGCACUAAAGUCCUAUGUCCUGGGAAACUCCUCCCUCCCAGACAAAUGGGGACAACUGUCACCUUACAUAGCGGUCAUUCCGAUGACCAAAAUAAAACCAAUAAAACAACAAAAAAAAAAAAAAAAGAAAAGAAGGGAAUCUCUAAUUAAAACAAAAAGUGGGUUGGGGGCCAUGACUCAGGCCUGUAAUUCUACCACUCUGUGAGGCAAAUUUGGCUGGAUUGCUUGAGUUCCCGACCAGCCUGAACACAAUCAAGACCCCAUCUCUAACAAAAAUAGAAACCCUGAGGUCAGAGGAUCUCUUGAACCUAGGAGUUGAAGGUGCUGUGAAGUAUGCCACAGCACUCUACCCAGAGUGACAGCUUGAGAUUCUGUCUCAAAGAAAUAAAAUUUUUAAAAAGACCACAGUGUUCUUUUUGUUUUGAGACCUUCUUUAAAACCUCUUCAGAUUGUUCUGUAUAUAAUGAAACUGACAAACAAAUUAUAUCAAUUACUCAGCAUCAAUCUUCCUCGAUGGAGUGAAAAUAAAUCUCUCUGUAUGGUCUUC